AACAAUGGCAUCUAAGAUACCCUUUAUACUAGUAGCAGUUAUUCUUCUGGGACACCAAAGUUUAGCUAAAAAAGGCAGCAACAGCGGCAGCAACAGCGGCAGCAAAAGUGGCAGCAACAGCCACAGCCACAGCAGCGAGGAGGAUAAUUUUCUUCCACCGGCACCAAGUGGCCCUCAGGACUGUGGUGUGGAUCCGUAUAAGAGAAGGGAUUGCGGAUAUCCAGGAAUAAGUGCAGCAGAAUGUCAUAAGAGGAACUGCUGUUUUGAUUCCAGCAUUCGUGGAGUUAAUUGGUGCUUCUUUUCUGAAUCACAAGAGUCAGCCCAGUGCUCAGUUGAUCCCCAGGACAGAACAGACUGUGGUUAUAUAGGAAUUAGUGCCAAUGAAUGCUACUCCCGUGGGUGCUGUUUUAAUUCAAGCAUUAAAGGGGUUAAGUGGUGCUUCUACCCAAAACCUUCAGAUCCAGUUGAAGAUAUGAUUGAUGAUUCUACUGGUGAUGAUAUAAACAGAUCACAGUGUCUUGAGCGAUAA